AUGGAAGUGUACGAAAAGUGUCAUCCAGAACUAACUUUCUUAGAAACGCUAGCAUUUGAAGGAAUGACCAGUAACACCAUCAUUUUACGAAAAGAAUUGCUCCAGAAAGUGAUGCACAAUAUUGGCUGCUUGUCGGAUAUCUAUUCCGAUGCACUGCAUAUUGGCAUUUUGAAAUCGUUCGAUAAUGGACCAACUGGGAAUCAAAUUCAAAUAGAAAAACAUCACUAUUUCGUUCAUCUCAGUUUCCAAGAAUUCUUUGCAGCACGGCAUUUGGUGAGACUUCUCAACAGCACUACACGUGACAUAGCAAUUCAGUUCAUUGAAACUCAUAAGUAUGAGAAACGUCUACAGCUAGUAUUUAUCUUUGUAUCUGGUCUUCUCAUUCAAUCCGAAAACACACAAUCAAUUCACACAUUUCGGGACACCAUUUCCGGUCACCCACGCGAUCUCGUGGGUAUUCGACACAUGCAACUUGUGACAGUAUGCCUUGACGAAACUCAAUGUAGCUGCGCGGUGCCACAUCGCAGCCAGUCCAUAUCAUUACUACUAAAUUGGAUAAGGUUCGCCUUCAGCCAAAACGAUUUCAAACCGCAGGAAGCAAUUGCAAUGACAAUCAAUUCAUGUACCAAAAUACAGAAUUUACCAGAAGUACACAUCGAGUUCGCGUCUCUCUUGACCGAAGCGGAAGAGCACAAAUCACGUAUAGCAACCUUCAUUGGAAAACUGAAUAUCACCGACCCGCACAACCAAUUACUUGAAACAUUGUUACUUCCACUUCAACACAAUGAUGAAAAGAUCAGAGCGACGGUAUGUUAUCCUCUUGCGACUACGGGCGAAAAAGCAGCAACGAGUCAGGUGAUUGAUCGGUUGGCGGUGGCACUAGGUGAUCAGAAUGAGUGGGUCCGAACGAAUUUAUGUACAGCUCUUGGAGUGAUGGGUGAAAAAGCAGCAACGAGUCAGGUGAUUGAUCGGUUGGUGGUGACACUAGGUGGUCUCGUACAAGGUAUUCGAAGUACCGAUCUGAAGGGCGCUAGUACGCUUCUUAAAUUGUUUUCGGAUGCACUGCAGUGGCUUGCUGACGCCGACGCGAGAGAGACUGAAGGGAUGCAGAAAUCGAAUGUUUACGAUGGGAUUGAUGGAAUGUCCUUGAAAGUUUUUCAGUUACGGAUUAAUAAGCGUGAUUUUCGUUGGCUUGCCGUAUUGGUGGAGUGUUGUCUAAUGGAGGAAAUAGCGGUCAUGGUUAUCGGUGACAGAGUGAUCAUGCAUUUCGAGAGGGUGGCAGUCGACACCCGAAUUAGAAACCCGGAGCUGUUAUCGGAGCUUUGCAAGGCUUUUGAUGGUUUCGGUUUAAAAGUGCUUGGUUGCCGCCAAUAG